CCGGCUGCUGACAGACAGAGGGAGAAGGAGUUAGACAUUGUAAAUAUCAGCAAGAAGGGAAGUGAAAGUAAGAAACAGAGGGUUAGAGGAAGGAGACACUGAUUGCUGCUGGGUGUGGAGGUCUGUCACCUUUGAGCUGCUGGAGAAGACACGCCGAGGGUGGAAAUUGAAGAUUCUGACAGAGAAGACAGCCAUGUUUUCAGCCGGACUAGAGAUCCAGCCGUAAAAGACAAGAGGCGUUCGCCCCCACCCAGGUCCCCGGCCGGCCCACAGCACAGCGGCCUCACAGACGAGCAGGAGAGCCCAGAGAGAACGGUGCAAAAGGAGAAGCUCCAUGCAGAGCUGAAGCAGGUGUUGAGCCAGAAGAGGAGUCACCUGAGAGAGUCCACCUGCCAACUCGCCCAACCAGAGAUGGACUGCGAGCCGACGGACGAGCAGACGAAGGGAGUGGAGGACGACUUCAGGAAGUCGGUGGAGAUCGUGGUGGAGACGGACGCAGAGGUUGGAGCAAGCGGUUACAGCGUGACGGGCGGAGGAGAGCGAGGCAUCUUUGUCAAAGAUGUCCUCAAAGACUCUCCAGCUGCUAAACACUUGAGUCUGCAGCAAGGUGAUCAGCUGCUGAGUGCAAAGGUCUACUUUGACAACGUGAGGUAUGAAGACGCUCUGAAGAUCCUGCAGUGCGCUGAGCCGUACAAGGUCAGCUUCCAGCUGAAGAGGACCGUCCCCGAAACUGAGGUCAGCGUGCGACCCAGAAUCCUCGGCGGGGAUGUCAAAGGCCCCAAGGCCAAGGUCGCCAAAAUGAGUGUGAAGGGCACCAAGCUCUUCAAGACUCAGAGGAGGAGAGGAGGUCGCUUCGGCCUGAAGAGGCUGAAGGAGAAGAACAAAGAGGAUGUGGUGAUGGAGGGAACCCCGCCCAGCCUGGAAGCCGGCGAUGUGGACGUGGAGUUUUCACUCCCCACAUUCAGACAGAGGAAGGGUGUCAAUGAGGCAGAGCCAGUCGUGGGGAAGGGAAAGAAACGGAUCAGGUUUCCUCACAUGAAAACCAAGAGUUACACUGGAGCAGUUCCAGGUGGAAAACUGGGAAUAAGACGACUUGAAGUGGACGAAAACAUCUUUCCACCAGAAACAAGUGGAGCAGAAGUGAAAACCAAAGGAAAGGGGCACAAGUUUGGGAUUGCAUUUCCCAAGUCUAAACACAACAAGUCAGGUUCUGCUCAAACUGGAUCUCUGGAGCGGAAGCCUCCAGAAGUAAGAAUCCACCCCCCUUCAGUGGAAUUUGAUGUUUCCAGUGUUAAAGAUGUGGAGAAAAGAGGCUUAAAGUUGAAAAGUCCUGAUGUGGAGUUUGCACUACCUUCAGGAAAAGCUGGUGGAUCUGUGUCCACUGUGGAGGAAACCUCAGAAAGCAAAGCACCAAAAGGAGAUGUCAGAAGAGAAGCUGAUGCAGCCGGGGGGAAAGUUCAUGCUGACAUUAGCAAGGGAGAUGCUAAACUCAGAAUGCCAAAACUCAAACUUCCCAAAGUUAGACUCUCGCGUCAUUCAGAUGAGAUUGACUCUGCUCUUCAGGUCAAAACUCCAAAGGCAGAAAUGAAAGGAGAUGACAAGAUACAGCUUCCAGAGGGUCCCGACAUCCGAAUGCCAAAAGUGGAAGGCGAUCUCUCAGGAGGAGCUGCUUCUGUUCAGAUUCCCUCCGUUGAGAUCUCCUUACCAAAAGUAAAGGGUACGUUUGACGCUGAUGUUUCACUCCCGGAGUCUGGAGUAAAGGCAUGUGUCAAUAUGCCUGAUGUUGAAGUCUCUGGAUCAGAGAUGGAUUUGCAAUUAAACGCCAAACAGAAGGUACCAGAUGAAGUGGAGGGCAUGUUCAAAGGGCUCAAAAUCUCUAUGCCAAAGGUUGACAUCUCCUUACCAAAGACAGGGUUUGCUGGUGUCGAAGGUCCAGGCGUAGGAGGAAAAAUCAGUCUACCUUCUGUGGACAUUUCUUUACCACAGAUGAAGUCUGGGGGCGGAGAUGUGGACAUGGGCUGUUACGUUGGUGGAGAUGGAAAGUUCAAAAUGCCAGAGUUUGAUCCAACUUUCCCUGAUAUGAAGUCAUCAGAUAAGGAAGAAGAAGGGAACUUCAAGAUGCCCAAAGUAGAUCUGAACCUCCCCAUAGGCAAAGCAGGAACAACUGAUGAUGACGGAGCAGCGUCUCAGCUGCCAUCAAUGGAAGUCUCGCUCCCUAAAAUGAAAAGAAACAAAGUGGAGGUAAGCACCAAAGGAGGUAAGCUUAAAAUGCCAGAGGUGAAAUUUUCUCCACCCAAAGGCAACAUCCAGGGAGGCUUUGAAGUGGAAGGACAAGCUGGGAAAGAAGGCAAAUUCAAAAUGCCUACCGUUGAUGUGUUGAUGCCAAAGCUGAAACAAGCAGAGGGUCCCAUAGAAGGCCCUGAGAUGAUGAGUGGAGUUGAAAUCCAAUUACCCUCCAAUGAUGCAUCUCUGCCGACAGCAAAGAUGAAAGGAAAUAUUGAAAUAGAGGGCCCUUCUGCAAAAGGCGGAAAAUUCACAAUGCCUCCAGUCAAUAUUAAACUCCCUCAGAUGGGGUCAACUGAAGCUGGAGUUGACUUACACGGACAGAAAAUGGAGGUGGCAUCUGGAGAUGUUUCCUUAAAACCAAUGGGUGACAUUGAAGGAAAAGUAAAAGGAGGGAAAUUCACAUUACCUUCUGUUGAUAUUUGUCUUCCAAAAAUGAAGCUUCCUAAAGGAGAUGUGACUCUAGAAGGUCCUGAUCUAAACCUUUCACUUCCCAGUUCAGGCAACAAGGUCAAAGGUGACAGUGAUGGGGGAAAAUUCAAGAUGCCAACCUGUGAUAUUUCUCUCCAGAAGGGGAAAAUCAAAGAAGGGGAGAUGAAUAUCAGAGAACCUGAGGUCAAAGGAGAAAAGUUCCAGAUGCCUUCUUUUGAUGUAUCCCUGCCUCAGAUAAGAAAACGAGGUGAGGACGUUGAUGUUGAACUGCCAAAACUAAAAGGCGGUGAAAUAAAAGCACCAACUAUUGAGAUCUCACCUGUUCAAGGAACAUUUGAAGGUAAUUUUGAUCUUGAGAGUGAUGGAAAAGAAGGUGAAUUCAGGUUACAUGGAAUGAAAUUCCCAGAGGGUGAAGGGAAUUUCCAAGGUCCCAAAGUCAAAGGUGCAAAGUUUGAAAUGCCCAAAAUUGACCUCUCGCUUCCAAGAGGAAAAACACAGGGAGCCUUUCAUACUGAAAUUCACUCUGGAAAAGAUGGAAACAAAGAAAUGGCAUCCUGUGAUUUUGAUGUUCCUAAAGGAGAGUUGAGUGCUGAUAUAAAUGUUGAUGGUCUUGAGAGAAAAACUGAAAAAUUCAAAUUGCCAAAGAUUGAUAUUUCUCUUCCAAAACUAAAUCUGCCAGAAGGUGAAGUCAAGUUUGAAGGACCAGAGACUAAAGGACAAAUGGAAAAACCAUCUCUUGACAUUAUACCCCCUGAAGGAAAACUAGAUGUUGACGUUGAUGGCCAUAAAGCUAAGGGGUCCAAAUUUCACAUGCCGACUAUCAACAUAAACCUUCCUAAAAUCAAAUCAAAAGAAGUGAGUAUAGAUGUGAAAGGACCUGAAGGUGAAGAAGGAAAGUUACCGUCAUGUGAUAUUACACUGCCUGACAAAGAAUUUCCUGAGGCAAAUGUUAGCCUUGGAGGUCCAAAUGUCAAAGGAGGUCAAAUAAAUGUACCAGGUGUGGAGGGUUUACUUCCAGAAACAAACGGAAAGGUUGGCAUGAGUGUUGAAACUCCUGAAGGGAACUUGGAAAAAUUACAAAUGCCCAAAUUUGACAUUGCAAUACCAAAAGUAAACUUUCCUGAUAGUGCAGGGAAAAUGAAAAAGCCUGACCUAAAGAUCAAGAAAAUGAAGAUGCCAGACAUCGACAUUCCGCUUUCAAAAGGAAAAGCUGAGAUUGAUAUCGAAAUAGAUGGAGGUAAAGGUAAAAAAUUCCACAUCCCCUCUGUUGAUUUCUCCCUUCCUAGGAUAAAAACUAAGGGAUUGGAGGUCAAAACAGGAGGUGUUGAGGAAAAAAUUCAAAUGCCAGACACUGAUGUUUCCCUCUCCGAAGGCAAGGUAGAGGUAGACACAAAUGUUGGAGUUCCUGAGGUAAAAGGGGGAAAAUUUAAAAUGCCCAAAUUUGACAUUUCAUUUUCAAACAAGAACCUGCCAGAAGGCAAACCAGAGGUUGACAUUUCAACAGCAAAAGGAAAGAUAAAGGAAGAUGUUGAUUUGGGUGGCAAACUUCCAACAGUGGAUUUCUCUCCUCCAAAAAUGCAAGCAAAAGAACUCCAUGUUGACAUAAAACCCCCAGAAACUACAAAUCUACAUAUUUCGUCGCCAAAAGUAGCUCUUCCAGGAGGUGAUGUUAAGAUUGAAUGUCCAGAUAUCAAAGGAAGGAAGAUUGAGAUGCCAGACAUUGAUUUGUCACUCCCUAAAGGAAAAGGAAAAGGAGACAUUGAAACCACAGGAAGUUCUCACAAAGGGGGAAAGUUUCAUAUGCCUGCCAUUGACAUUACCCUUCCUAAAAUGAAAACCAAAGGAGCAGAGGUACAUGUCGAGAGUCCUGAAGUUAAAGGAGGGCAGAUUAAAAUGCCAUCUCUUCAUGUGUCUGAGCCCAAACUGAAGUUUCCUGACAUAGAUGACAGUCUGAAAGGUCCUGAAGUUGAAGGAAAGAUCAAAAAGCCAAAGGGAGACAUCUCCCUUCCAAAGGGAGAGGUCCAAGGUGAUUUGGAGGUUGAGGGUCCUGACAUGAAGGGUGGCAAGUUCAAAAUGCCCAAAUUUGAUGUGUCCUUACCAAAAGUUAGUCUGUCAAAGAUUGAUGCCAGCGUUGAAGGACCAGAUCUGAAAGGAAAAGCUGAAAUGCCGAGUGUCGAUAUCUCAGUCCCAAAAGGAACAACAGACUUGGGAGUUGAUGUGGACCCUGGCAAGGGCAGCAAGUUUCACAUGCCCUCACUGGAUAUAACACUUCCUAAAAUGAAAACUAAAGGACUCAAUGUUAAUGUUGAAGGACCUGAAGUCAAGGGUGACAUGUCACUCUCUGAAGUUAAAUCCCCAGAUGUGGAUGUCAACAUCAAAGGUCCUGAAGUUGUAGGAGGAUAUAUUAGUCUGCCAAAUGUCGAUGUUGCAUUCCCAAAAACUAAAGGUGACUUUGAGGUUGAGGUUCCUGACAUGAAGGAUGGUAAGUUCAAAAUGCCCAAAUUUGAUGUUUCCUUACCAAAAGUUAGUCUGCCAAAGUUUGAUGCCAAUGUAAAGGGACCAGAUCUGAAAGGUAAAGCUGAAAUGCCGAGUGUCGAUAUCUCAGUCCCAAAAGCAACCACAGAUGUGGGAGUUGAUGUGGACACUGGUAAGGGCAGUAAGUUUCACAUGCCUUCACUGGACAUCUCACUUCCUAAAAUGAAAGCAAAGGGGUUUGAUGUUAACAUUGAGGGACCUGAAGUCAAGGGUGACAUAUCACUCCCCGAAGUUAGGUCCCCAGAUGUGGAUUUCAACCUCCAAGGCCCAGAAGUGGAGGGAGGAAAACUUAGUCUGCCAAAAGUCGAUAUUGCACUCCCAAAAACAGAAGGUGACUUUGAGGUUGAGGGUCCUGACAUUAAGGGGGGUAAGUUCAAAAUGCCCAAAUUUGAUGUGUCCUUACCAAAAGUUAGUCUGCCAAAGUUUGAUGCCAGCGUAGAAGGACCAGAUCUGAAAGGAAAAGCUGAAAUGCAGAGUGUCGAUAUCUCAGUCGCAAAAGGGACAACAGACUUGGGAGUUGACGUGGACACUGGCAAGGACAGCAAGUUUCACAUGCCCUCACUAGAUAUAACACUUCCUAAAAUGAAAAGUAAAGGACUCAAUGUUAAUGUUGAAGGACCUGAAGUCAAGGGUGACAUGUCACUCUCUGAAGUUAAAUCCCCAGAUGUGGAUGUCAACAUCAAAGGUCCUGAAGUUGUAGGAGGAUAUAUUAGUCUGCCAAAUGUCGAUGUUGCAUUCCCAAAAACUGAAGGUGACUUUGAGGUUGAGGGUCCUGACAUGAAGGGGGGUAAGUUCAAAAUGCCCAAAUUACCAAAGGUCAGUCUCCCAGAGGAAGAUGUGAAAGUUAAUUGUCCAGAUAUCAAUGUCGGGAAGAUUGAAAUGCCAGACAUUGACAUCUCACUUCCAAAAGGAAAAGCAAAAGGUGAUGCUGAACUUGAAGGACACACUGGAAAAAGAGGACAGUUCCACCUGCCUGCCAUUGACAUUUCUCUACCUAAGAUUAAAACCAAUGAACCAGAGAUACAUAUUAAAGGUCCUGAGGUUAAGGGUGGAAAAAUCCCAGACAUUGACUUCUCACUCCCCAGAGGAGAGGUCGAUGCUGACCUCAACUUGGAAGGUCCAGAAAGAAGAGGCCAAGUCAAGAUGCCCAAAGUGGAUGUUUCACUUCCAAAGUUUGAACUAAAGGUGGAAGGGAAAGUUGAAGGCAUUGAUGCAGAAGGAAAAACUGACAAGACAAAUUCCAAGAUUUCACUCCCUGAAGAGAAAGUCAAGGGAAAUGUGAACAUUGAGGGACAUAGUGGAAAAACCGGCAAAUUCCAUUUACCCUCAAUUGAUUUUUCCCUUCCCAAGAUAAAAGUUAAAGGAAAGGAAACUGAAGGGCUUAAAUGCAAAGGUGAAAUUUCAAUUCCAAAAGAAAAUUUACAAGGAACCCUAAAUGUUGAAGGAUCUUGCAUAAAAGAGAGUGAAUGUACAACUCCUACAUUUGAUGUCUCACUAUCUAAAAUGGCUCUUACAGAUGGUGAUAGUAAAAUUGAAGGUCCAGAUAUCAAAGGAAGGAAGAUUGAGAUGCCAGACAUUGAUUUGUCACUCCCUAAAGGAAAAGGAAAAGGAGACAUUGAAACCACAGGAAGUUCUCACAAAGGGGGAAAGUUUUAUAUGCCUGCCAUUGACAUUACCCUUCCUAAAAUGAAAACCAAAGGAGCAGAGGUACAUGUCGAGAGUCCUAAAGUUAAAGGAGGGCAGAUUAAAAUUCCAUCUCUUGAUGUGUCUGGGCCAAAACUGAAGUCUCCUGACAUAGAUGUCAGUCUGAAAGGUCCUGAAGUUGAAGGAAACAUCAAAAAUGCAAAGGGAAACAUCUCCCUUCCAAAAGGAGAGGUCCAAGGUGAUUUUGAGGUUGAGGGUCCAGAAAUGAAGGGUGGCAAGUUCAAAAUGCCAAAAUUUGAUGUGUUCUUACCAAAAGUUAGUCUGCCAAAGUUUGAUGCCAGCGUAGAAGGACCAGAUCUGAAAGGAAAAGCUGAAAUGCCGAGUGUUUAUAUCUCAGUUCCAAAAUCAACCACUGAUGUUGCACUCCCAAAACCAGAAGGUGACUUUGAGGUUGAAGGUCCUGACAUAAAGGGUGGUAAGUUCAAAAUGCCCAAAUUUGAUUUGUCCUUACCAAAAGUUAGUCUGCCAAAGUUUGAUGCAAGCGUAGAAGGACCAGAUCUGAAAGGAAAAGCUGAAAUGCAGAGUGUCGAUAUCUCAGUCCCAAAAGCAACAACAGAUGUGGAAGUUGAUGUGGACACUGGCAAGGGCAGUACGUUUCACAUGCCUUCACUGGACAUCUCACUUCCUAAAAUAAAAGCAAAGGGGUUUGAUGUUAAUAUUGAGGGACCUGAAGUCAAGGGUGACAUAUCACUCCCCGAAGUUAGGUCCCCAGAUGUGGAUUUCAACCUCCAAGGCACAGAAGUGGAGGGAGGAAAACUUAGUCUGCCAAAAGUCAAUGUUGCUCUCCCAAAAAUAGAGGGUGACUUUGAGGUUGAGGGUCCUGAAAUGAAGGGUGGUAAGUUCAAAAUGCCCAAAUUUGAUGUGUCCUUACCAAAGGUUAGUCUGCCAAAGUUUGAUGCCAGCGUAGAGGGACCAGAUCUGAAAGGAAAAGCUGAAAUCCGAAGUGUCGAAAUGUCAGUCCCAAAAGGGACAACAGACUUUGGAGUUGAUGUGGACACUGGCAAGUUUUACAUGCCUUCACUCGACAUCUCACUUCCUAAAAUGAAAGGAAAGAAGUUUGAUGUUAAUGUUGAAGGACCUGAAGUCAAGGGUGACAUAUCACUCCCCGAAGUUAGGUCUCCAGAUGUGGAUUUCAACCUCCGAGGCUCAGAAGUGGAGGGAGGAACCCUUAGUUUGCCAAAUGUCGAUAUUGCACUCCCAAAAACAGAAGGUGACAUUGAGGUUGAGGGUCCUGACAUAAAGGGUGGUAAGUUCAAAAUGCCCAAAUUUGAUUUGUCCUUACCAAAAGUUAGUCUGCCAAAGUUUGAUGCAAGCGUAGAAGGACCAGAUCUGAAAGGAAAAGCUGAAAUACAGAGUGUCGAUAUCUCGGUCCCAAAAGGGACAACAAACUUGGGAGUUGAUGUGGACACUGGCAAGGGAAGCAAAUUUCACAUGCCUUCACUGGACAUCUCACUUCCUAAAAUGAAAGGAAAGGGGUUUGAUGUUAAUAUUGAAGGACCUGAAGUCAAGGGUGACAUAUCACUCCCUGAAGUUAAAUCUCCAGAUGUGGAUUUCAACCUCCAAGGCCCAGAAGUGAAGGGAGGAAAACUUAGUCUGCCAAAAGUCGAUAUUGCACUCCCAAAAACAGAAGGUGACAUUGAGGUUGAGGGUCCUGACAUGAAGGUGGGUAAGUUCAAAAUGCCCAAAUUUGAUUUGUCCUUACCAAAAGUUAGUCUGCCAAAGUUUGAUGCAAGCGUAGAAGGACCAGAUCUGAAAGGAAAAGCUGAAAUGCAGAGUGUCGAUAUCUCAGUCCCAAAAGGGACAACAGACUUGGGAGUUGAUGUGGACACUGGCAAGGACAACAAGUUUCACAUGCCCUCACUGGAUUUAACACUUCCUAAAAUGAAAACUAAAGGACUCAAUGUUAAUGUUGAAGGACCUGAAGUCAGGGGUGACAUGCCAUUCCCUAAAAUAAAGACCCCAGUCACAGAUGUUAAUCUCCAGAGUCCUGAAGUGGAAAGAGGAGAUGUGAAAAUGCCAACUCUUGAUGUUUCACUUCCAAAACCUGAGGGGGACUCUGAGAUUCAAGGACCUGAGGUGAAGGGUGGUAAAUACAAAAUGCCCAAAUUACCAAAGGUCAGUCUCCCAGAGGCAAAUGUCAAAGUCAUAGGUCCAGACAUCAAUGUCGGGAAGAUUGAAAUGCCAGACAUUGAUAUCUCACUUCCAAAAGGAAAAGCAAAAGGUGAUGCUGAACUUGAAGGCCACACUGGAAAAAGAGGAAAGUUCCACCUACCGGCCAUUGACAUUUCUCUACCUAAGAUUAAAACCAAUGAACCAGAGAUACAUAUUAAAGGUCCUGAGGUUAAGGGUGGAAAAAUCCCAGACAUUGACUUCUCACUCCCCAGAGGAGAGGUUGAUGCUGACCUCAACUUGGAAGGUCCAGAAAAAAGAGGCCAAGUCAAGAUGCCCAAAGUGGAUGUUUCAUUUCCACAGAUCAAGCUGGCAGGGGAUGUCAUAGUGAAAGGGCCAGAGAUGAAGGGAAAAAUUACUGAACCAGCUGUAGAUUUUUCUAAAGGAGAAAGGAAAAUGGAGGGAGAUAUCAAAAAAGCUAUGGGACUCCACAUGCCAAGCAUUGACUUACAUUUGCCUAAAGUAGAUUUUGAUCUCAGCCUCCCCUCUGGUUCAAAAGGACGAGGCCUCAAAGUUGACACCAGUGGUCCUGAUGCCUCAGCAGAUGUGCAGAUGUCAGGUAUCAAAGGACAGUUAAAACCACCCAAGAUAAAAGCUACAGAUGCAUCCAUAAACACAGGCAGUGUAGACAAUCCUGGAGCAUCCCUAAAGCUUCCCACAGUCAAACUACCAACAGUUGAUAUUUCAGCUCCAAAGGUAGAUCUGGACUUUGGCCUAACCAAAUCAAUAGGUGACGAAGUUGAAGUACAACUCUUAAAAGCAGAGGGUGGUAGGCCUUUGUCAGGAGGCAGCUUUGACCUACCUGAUGUGUCACUCAAAGCCCCAAGUUUUACUUUCCCCAGGUUUGGUGGAAAGUCAAAGAGCAGUGAAUUGCAGAUUUCAAAAUCAGAAGUUUUCAUCAGUCCCCCUGAUGUGGAAGGAGAGGUAAAGACACCAUCAGUUGAAUUUGAUGAUGAAGGAAAAGUCAAAGUAAAAAAAAACAAAAUCAAAAUACCAUCAUUUCGAUUAUCCAAAAAGGAUCCAGACGUGUCAGUGUCUUGUCCUGAUGUUGAUGUCAAAGGGAAAAAAGAAAAUGUUGACAUUCAAACACAAAAAAUCAGUGUUGAGGGUUCUAGUGACAAGACAAAAUACAAGGUAAAACUUCCAAAGUUCAAAAUCUCAUCACCAACAGCUAAGCUUCCGGAGAAAGAGGGGGAUAUGAGAGUGGAGGCAGAUGGGAAAGGUGGUUUUCACGCACCUGAUGUAACCAUCAAACUUCCAAAGUUCUCCAUGCCAGGAUUGGGCUCUAAAGAGAAGGAUUUAGGUAAACCAGUGGGUGAAGUUGAAACUAAGACCAAACUCAAGAUGCCCUCUGUUGAGCUGUCACUACAAGAAACCAAGACACCAGAUACUGAGGUUGUUCUACCAAAAGCAGAAGUUGAUGUUUCAGAAGCUGACAUCAGAGGCUAUGAAGGAAACCUCAAAGUCCCUAAGAUGCCCAAAAUUGAUGAUUCCAUUCCCAAAGUAGACCCAGAUGUGUCCUUACCCAAAGGAAAGUCUCAAAAGAUUGAAAAACCAGAUAUGGAUGUAAAAGGAGAAGGAAAAUUCAAAAUUCCUCAGAUCAAAAUGCCAUCAGUAGACAUAGAUAUUCCUAAAGGAAAAUCUGUUUUACCAGAUGUUGAAGUAGAUGUUGACAGGGGGAAAUUUAACAUGCCCUAUGUUAAAAUGCCUUCUGUUGAUAUAACACUUCCAAAACCAAAAACUGGAAAAGCACUGAACGUUGAUGCAGAAGGAGAUGUAAGAUUGCGGAUGCCUGACAUCAAAAUGCCAAAUGUUAACAUUUCUGAAGGAACAAAUAAUAAGUUAGAAGGACCAAAUGUUGACAUUCAAGGAAGAGGAAAGUUGAAAACGGCUGAUGUUUAUGCAUCUGAUUUGGAGACUCCAGAUGGUAAAACAGAUUGGGAUUCAGAGAGAAGUUUUAAAAUGCCCUCUGUUGACAUCUCCCUUCCAAAAGGAAAGCUCAAGGGCAACAACACACCUGAGAUGGAAAUGGGUGUAGAAGGAGAAGGAAAAGUCAAACUGCCACACAUGAAAAUGCCAGAUUUUGAUGUCUCUUUUCCAAAAAGAAGGACUAAAGAUUCACAGAUGGAGAUCAAAGACAAAGGCGGAAAACUAAAGACCCCCAAUGUCAGCACACCUCCCAUUGAUAUUUCACUUUCAACAGGAAAAGAUACGGAAGUAGAAGAAAGCUCAGGAGGAAAAUUUAAGAUGCCUAUUUGGAAAAGGCCAGAUGUUGAUAUCCCUCUGCCCAAGGGUCACAUGGAGGGUCCAGAGGUAGAGUCAACGGGAGAAAGGGGUGGUUUGAAAAUGCCUCACAUCAGCUUACCCUAUGUUGACAUUUCAUUGCCCAAAAGAAAAGCUGAUGCUCCACAUGUUGAAAGAGGAGAUGGAGAAGAAAAAUGCACGACUCUUUACAUGAAAAUGCCUUCAGUUGAUCCAAAUGUCCAAUUAAAAGGAGAAGAAGGACCAAAAUUCCAAAUGCCUCACGUGAAAAUGCCAAACAUUGAAUUCUCCUUACCCAAAGGAAAAGACAUCCCAAAAUUGAAAACUGAGCGGGAGGAAGGAAAAGUUAGGAUGCCUUCUGUUGACAUUUCAAUACCAACAGGAAAAAUUCCUGGUCCUAAUGCAGAAGCAGAAGGAGGUCAAGGUCCUCAUAUAAAAAUGCCCCAUGUUAACAUCACUCUACCCAGAGGGAAAUCUGACAAAAUUGAUGGAGCAGAGCUAGAGACUGAAAGAGAAGGAAAAUCAAACAUUUCUCACAUGACAUUGCCCUCAGUAGACAUUUCACUGCCAAGAGGGCAGACUAACGAUAACAGCCCAGAUAUUAAGGGUGAGAGAAAAAAGUUCAAGAUGGCCAAAGAGGACUUUUCUCUUCCCAAAGGAAGGUCCUUGGUUGAAGGCCUUGAUGUGGACAUAAAAGGAGAUCCAAGCAUGGCUGCUGCCAAAGCAGAGGGAGGACACAUCAAACUCCCCCACAUGAAGUUUCCAAAAGUUGACAUUUCACUACCUAAAGGUAGGAGUAGAGGUACCUCCUCAUCAGCAAUAGAGAUGGAUGUCACUAGUCCAGAGGGAAACAUACCAAAAGUCCCAUCUUCUAAAGCGGAAAUUGAGUUACCAACUGCAGAAGCUCAAUGCAAGCUUAAAGUGCCUCAGGGAGCGCAUUUGGAUUCAUCCUCUGAAGGAAACCAAGCUAGUCUGAAGCUCAAAAUACCAACAAUAGAAAUCAAAAGUCCCAAAGAAGACUUGGAGCUUCAAACUGGAUCUCACAAAGAAGAGGGAAACAAGGACAAUAAAAAAAUUGAGCUACCUGACCUGGAUCUUACCCUGGAAGGAUCCGGUGGCAAAGGUAAGGGUCCAAAAAAUAAAGGAGCUAAAUUUAAGAUCCGAAAGCAUAAAAAGAAAACUUGUAAAGACACAUCAGCAAAACCACAGAGUGAAGAAGAAGCUGGAGAGCAGGUCAAACACAACAGCAGCAAAGAUGGCGUCAAUGUUCAGUUACCUGGAGUUACGCCACCAACUGUUAGUCUGAAGACCAAAAAAUGUGACGUCGGAGGUUCCUCGCCUUCCACUGCAGAAGUUAGGGUCCCCAGGAUCCCAGACAUAGAGUUUGAUAUUGGUACAUCUCAAGAUGAAGAGGAUGGUCAAACAGAAAAUAAAAUCAAAAUCCCAAAGUUUGGCAUACCUCUACCUUCAAUCUCCUCUCCAGAGAGACUGGCCCAUGGACCAGAUAUCCAGUAUGAGGGUCCUAAAAUUCCCAAAGUAAAGAAAGCUGUGUUUGUUUUGGUUAAUCCUUCAGAACCAGAUGAUUCUGUUGCAGGCCCAAGCCUCCAGAAGGAGCAGACAAAAGCUGAAACUGAGAUAGAGGAAGCCACUGUCAAGAUCUCCAAGAAAAAGUCCAGUUUUGGGAAGUCUAAAGAUAAAUCAGCCACAGAAAGUGCAGAAAGAAGAGUCGAGGAAGAAGAGAUAUCAAGAGGGUUAAAGAUGAAAAUGCCCAAAGUCAAAUUUUCACCCGCAAAAUCGGGGUCAUUUGGUGUCAAAGGAGACAGCUCAAGUCCCAACGGAGAGAAAGAUGCCAGUCCUCACAAGGAUGAUAAAGGGACUUUUGGAGGUAAACUCAAACUUCCAAAGGUGGAGCUCACCAGUCCUUACGGCAAAAUGGCUGCAGGGGAGGAAAACAAGGGAGCAAGAUUCCAAAAGGAUUCAUCUCUGGUGGAGGUCAAGACAGAGUUCAGGGGGCUCCCUGCUCCUGCAGAGUCUGCGGGUGAUGUGGUGACAUCUCAUGCCAGAACAGAAAUGUUGGACAGGGACAGAUCUGAGAUCCCUGAUGGUUUGGAGUUCAGUUCUGCAAAGGUUCAGAUGUGGAGCGAAAGCAAGGAAGCUGAGGAACGGGAGUCUUCCUCUUGGUUCAAAGUCCCUAAGGUCACACUUAAGCCUCUUUCAUCAGGGUUCCUGCAGAUAACCCCGGAGGGUUCACCUCAGGCGGAGCGGAAAGGAGAGGUCGCAGGCAUGGAAGACGUCUCCGGGUCCUUUUGCAUCCACGCCUCGGGACUCGACUUUGCCGCCCAGCAAAUGUCCGAAGAGCACCACGCCAGCGAGGAGGGAACUGUCACCAUGGUGACCAAGACCACCAGAAUUACUCAACAAAUAGUCACCAGCCAAACGCAUACAGCUGAGUCUUCCACAACAACAUCUGGUCAGGUCUCAGACUCCAACUUUUAGAAAACGCUAGUAUUUGACCUUUUUCAUGGUUAGUCUCGGUGAAGUUGAAGUGUUCUUGUAAAAGUCUCUAUUUUAUAUCUCAAUAGGUUAGCUGUGAACGUGAAAUGGUAUAUUUCCUUCAUUCAUUUUUUUGUAUUUCUUUUCUUUUUUCAUACUUUGAGUUGUGUUGGUUUAAAGCUGAUUAUUCUUCCAGCUGUUUGCUUUUGAACAUUUCUUUCUGCAUGUGAACAUGUCACUCUGCUUGAUCAUUGACUGUUUAUUUCUGUUUGAAAUUGAAAAAUUGAAUUUUGACUUUAAAUAUUUCACUGAGUGCCGGUCAGAGUAUUAUUUUUGUAAAUAUCUAUAUUACAGCUUCUCUGAUGUAGUUUCCUUUCAAUUUAAAUUGUAAUGAGUUUCAAAUUCACCAGAGUUUAAAAAAGCAUUUAUGUUUCCACCGUAGAUUUUUCAAAGGCAUUUGGAUUGUGCUGUUCUUCAGAGCUCCGGACUCUGUUCUUGCUGUGGGGUUCGAACACGUGACCUUACGGUUCCAGAAAAUAAAUGGCUGCUAAUCUAUUUUAUAUGUUUAUUCUGUGAAAUGCAUGAAAACUGCUGUAUAUUUUAUGAGUGGAGCUUCCAGACAUACUUUACUGUUGGCCUGUUUGAUUGUUUGCCUGAAAGCUGUGUUUCCCCUCAAAACAACUAACUAGUGGAAUAUUUGGAGCACGCUUUUCAGCUGCCGAUGCCACCACUGUGCUGCUGCAAUGCUGCUGCUCAAUAAGCCAAAUGUGUUUUGAAUGAGGACAACAUGUUAAAAAAACAGAUUCUCUGAGAGAGUGAGGAGAUUUGUAUCCCUUUUUAGUUUUAGUAAUUGGUUUGUAUCCAGUAAGGUUUACUCAGAAUGUGAUGUAAACAGCAUAUUUUUAAGGAUAAUUGACUCAAAAUGUAUUAUAUCUUAAAAAUAGAAGAAUCUUUACGAUUUUCUUGGUUGCAAGUAUGUUUGAAGUUGAUUUCUAAGACAAAAAGGGGGAAAUUUGCAUGAAUAAAAACAGCAGAAAUCCACUCCUAGAUUUGCUCCAGAUUUGUCUUUGUUUACAAAAAAAGCAGUAAAUUUUUCAAAUGUUCUGGAAAAAGUUCUGACAUGUCUGAGUGGUUUUGACUGUAUAGAGAUUUUUAUCAAUUUGGCUCUUUGGUUUUAAGAGUUUCAGUGUUUUGUUGAAGCUGCAUUGGAAAGAAUGUUGGUUUAACUGCCACAGUAAUAAAAUAUCAUCCAAACAAA